GCCGGGGCGGGGCUCCGUCUCCGGCCUCCGCCUCCCGCGGGGUCCACACUCGCAGCGCGGAGCGGCGGCCGCGCUGGACCUCGCUGGCCCUCGGUGGACCUCGGUGGACCUCGGUGGACCUCGGUGGCCCUCGCUGGCCCUCGGUGGCCCUCGCUGACCCUCGCUGGACCUCGGUGGACCUCGCUGGCCCUCGCUGGCCCUCGCUGACCCUCGCUGGCCCUCGCUGGCCCUCGCUGGACCUCGGUGGCCCUCGCUGGCCCUCGCUGACCCGCGGUGCCAUGAGCCGCAGUCUGGACGCCGCGCGGAGCUUCCUGGAGCGGCUGGAAGCGCGGGGCGGCCGGGAGGGGCCCGUCCUCGCCGGCGAGUUCAGCGUGGCCCGGGACUCUGACCUGGCUCCUCUCCUGUCUCCUCCCCUCCCUGGCCCACUCAUGAUGCUCUACCAGGACAUCCAGGCCCGCUCGGCCGCAUGGAAGGCUGAUGGCAUGUUCUCCACCAAGGCCGGCAGUCGGCCAGAGAACAUGAGGAAGAACCGCUACAAAGACGUGCUGCCAUAUGAUCAGACACGAGUAAUCCUCUCCCUGCUCCAGGAAGAGGGACACAGCGACUACAUUAAUGGCAACUUCAUCCGGGGCGUGGAUGGAAGCCUGGCCUACAUUGCCACCCAAGGACCCUUGCCUCACACCCUGCUAGACUUCUGGAGACUGGUCUGGGAGUUUGGGGUCAAGGUGAUCCUGAUGGCCUGCCGAGAGAUAGAGAACGGGCGGGUAGGUGUCCUCUGCCCCCAGGUUUCAUGUCCUCAUGCAAGGAGGAGGGAGGAGGGAUCUUGCUGGCUCCUCCUUGACCCCAGGACGCGAGG